GGCGGGGUUCCGUCGGCCGUGGGCGGGGUUCCGUCGGCGGUUGGUGUAUCGGGGGAGGCGGCAGCAGCUGCGGUGAGGGUGGUGUGUGAGGUGUUGUACCUGGAAGUGGAGGUGGUGAGUGCAGCAGCGGUUCCGGAAGUGGUGUCGCCGGCGGAGGCGGAUGUGACGUCAUCGGUGGGGUCUCCGGCCGUGUCUUCAUGGUCAAUGGCGGCGGGGCAGACAACAUCAGGUGAAGAUGUGCGUGAUUUUAGCAAGGUGCUGAAAAAUAAGUUCAGAUCAAAGAAAUACUUUGCCAAACAUCCUCGCUUGGGUUAUUUACCAGUACAAACAGUUCUAGAAGGCGAGAACCUUGAGACUGGAUCUGUUGGAGUGCACACAGCGCAACGCGUCUUUGAUCAACACAAAUUGACACAAACCGAGCAACUUCUGAAUGUGACUGAAGUAAUCAACUGUUUAACGUCCAUUUAUGAUGUUUUGGAACAAAACCACAAGGACUUGGUCAAUGUGCCACUCUGUGUCGACAUGUGUCUGAACUGGCUGCUGAACGUAUUUGAUACCAUCGAGACCAAGCCAGACAGCUUGUCAUGCUUGUUAGCAGUCAUCAAUCAAAGGAGUGGAUGUGUUGCCGUUCAGCACCGUGAUAUGUUGAUCUCACACCUGCAGUCUGUGCCAGCUGCAGAAGCACAGAAGGCAUUGCAUUGUCUCCAACCACAUGGUCAUGCUUCAGGUUCCGAGGGGAAGUACCGCAGUCUCAAGCACUUCAAUUCUGACAUCUGCCAAAGCUGUUUCUUUUCGGGGCGCACAUCAAAGGGACACAAGUUACAUUGCCCCAUGGUGGAGUACUGCACUCCGGAAGGCAUCUGA